AAAUAGAAAAAGCAGAGUAAUAAGGAAAGGACUAAGUUAAGAAGAUAGAGACGAAAAUGGAGGAUGUUGUUUGUGAAUGUUACCACGGAGAUUCGGAGGAGAAGAAAAAGAAACAGAACAGUACGCCGACUCCGGUCACCGUCGUUCUUAAGGUUGAUUUUCACUGCGAUGGUUGUAUCGCUCGAAUCGUUCGAUUAUCUCGUCGUUUGGAAGGAGUUGAAACAGUGAGAGCAGAUCCUGUUUCGAACAAGCUGACUCUGAUUGGGUUUAUCAUUGAUCCUGUGAAGGUUGCUGAGAAACUUCAGAAGAAGAGCAAGAAGAAAGUGGAGCUCAUAUCUCCUAAACCAAACAAAGAUACCAAAGAGAAGAAUGAGAAAAAGGCUAAUGAUAAGACUCAGACUGUGGUUGCUGUGACCACUGUGGUACUGAAGCUGCAUUGUUCAUGUGAUGGUUGCAUCAAGAGGAUUUACAAGACUAUCUCUAAGACUAAAGGAGUGUAUCAAGUCAAAAUGGACAGAGAGAAGGAAACGGUAACAGUCAUGGGAGCCAUGGACAUUAAGUCUGUGACUGAGAAUCUGAAACGUAAGCUGAAGAAAACAGUCCAGGUCGUGCCUGAGAAGAAGAAGAAGAAAGAUAAGGACAAUGCAGAGGGAAUCACCAAAGUCGGGUCUCCGGGUCAACCUGGCUAUGGCUGUAACCAUGGGCUUGGGCCUUACAGGUUCAUGGAAGGCCCAAUGACUGGGUUUUUCAGUGAGGAGGAUCAGAGCUUUUGCAGCGUUAUGUGAGUUUCGAGGUGACAAAAACAUUUGG